AUGGUGUGGUGCAGGGGGGUGGGUGGUGGUGGCGCGCAGCAGCGGGUGGUGGUGCUGCACGAGCCCAAGGAGGCGGCGGCGCUCGCGCGUGCCAUCAAGCAGGAGGCGCGCACCGACCGCCCCACUGCCGCGCCCGCUGAAUACAUAAGCAGUUUAAAAAAUAGCUUUUAUACAACAGGCAUAGGCGACAUGACUGACACUUCCACUUGGCAAACUCUCGGCGGAGGCGUAGCGGACUACCUCUCGGCUCUGCCACUCCCUCUGCAUCAUUUGCUGAAGUAUUCAGCACCGGCGACAUCUGUAUCAGAAACGAAGAGAGAAGAACAUCCAACCAUUGUGACAGCUGUCGCCGCGAACACCCUGCCUUCUAUAUCUUCUUUGACUUCGAUGCCCUCAAAUGCGGUGAACAGCGUGGUGGUACAAACUGCCGCGAUUGUAAACCAGAACGCGAAUACAACAACCAUCACCAUAUCGAAGAAGAAAAAGAAGAAGAAAUCGAUGAAAGAGAAGAAGCCUAGACCAAAGCCCGGAGAGAUUCGAUUGACGACUGCGUUAGAUGGCAGCACCUUGUAUUGCUGCCCCGAGUGUCACAUGGCUUAUCCAGAGAGAGGAUUGCUUGAGCAACACUUAGUUGGACACACUAUGGAACGGAGGUUCAUCUGCGACAUCUGCAACGCGGCGCUCAAGCGCAAGGACCACCUGACGCGCCACAAGCAGUCGCACAACCCCGAGCGACCGCACGUCUGCUCCGUCUGCCUCAAGGCCUUCAAGCGCAAGGAGCAGCUCACGCUGCACUUCGUCAUCCACUCGGGCGAGAAGCGACACAUUUGCAACGAGUGCGGCAAAGGCUUCUACCGCAAGGACCACCUCCGCAAGCACACGCGGUCGCACAUCGCGCGGCGGGUCAAGGCGGAGCUGUCGCAGCAGGCGGGCGGCGCUCCGCUCUCACAGCCCCCCGCGCCCGCGCCCGCGCCCCCGCCCCCGCCCGCGCCAUCCUGA